GCACGAUAUUUUCUGGAAGUGGUUCUACUGAUGAUACUAAGUACAAAAAAGCGAGAUUUUCUAGCGAUGGUUGGUGUCCAACAGAGUCUGGAGACAAAUAUCUUCAGAUCGACCUUCAAAACGAAUAUCACAUAACACGGGUUAUGGUUAUGGGUGAUAAAAAUCAAACAAAGUGGAGUAGAUCAUAUUCAUUGAAAUACAGUCAUGAUGAAAGUUUGGUAGACGGUAGUAGUGGUUUACAGAUAACAGGAAACCUGUACAGCUUUCAAGCAUCGACUACGGACGUUGAUAUUUAUAAUGUGAGAUAUAUCAAGAUACACUCGACUGGAAAUACAGACUUUUGUCUCAGAAUAGAACUCUGCGGAGAAGUGCAAUCUCUGGCUCCUGUUCAAAACGUUGUUGCUAAACCAUCAAAUUUCUCUGUUCAUCUGUCAUGGACAAUACCAUCGCCUGAGGCAUCCACUUUUAUCACACAUUUUAUCAUUUACCUAAACGGUACCGAGGUCAAAAGAAUAUCGCGCGCAUAUUAUGCAAAUCAAUACAUUCUUCGAGAGCUCACACCAAACACUAAUUAUGUUGUUGGCAUAAAGACACAGGAUGGUCAACUAAAGAAUACUCAGACAAUAGUUUACCACAAGUUCAAGACCAAAGAAGCUGUUCCAAGUGGAGCUCCACGCAGUGUUAUGAUUAAAUCUCGUAGUAAAAACUCGCUCGAAAUUUCUUGGAGAGCUCUUGAUAAGAUAUUUUGGAACGGUGAAUUGGUGGGAUAUCAGAUUUGUUUUUCUACAAAGGAAAAUGAUGAAAGUCCGAAAUGUUCAAACAAAAGUUUUCCACCUUAA